AUGGAUUUUUCCCGAAGACAUGGAUUUUGGGAAGAUGUGGAUUUUCGGGAAGAUGUAGAUUUGUGGAAGGCACUUGGAUUUCUGGGAAGACUGGGAUUUAUGAAAGACGAGGAUUUUCAGGAAGAUGUAGAUUUUCAGGAAGAUGUGGAUUUUCAGGAAGAUGUGGAUUUAAGGAAGGCAUAGGUUUUUCAGGAAGACAUGGAUUUUUGGAAGGACAUGGAUUUCUGGGAAGACUUUGAUUUUCAGGGGAAGACUUGGAUUUUCAGGAAGACGUGGAUAUUCACGAAGACAUGGAUUUUUCAGGAAGACUUGGAUUUUGGGGAAGUCAUGGAUUUUCAGGGAGACUUGGAUUUUCGGGAAGACUUGGAUUUUCAGGAAGACAUUGAUUUUCGGCAAGACUUGGAUUUUCGGGAAAACACGGAUUUCUGGGAAGACACGGAUUUCUGGGAAGAAUUGGAUCUUUGGGAAGUCGAUUUCUGGGAAGACUUGGGUUUCUGGGAAAACUUGGAUUUUCGGGAAGACUUGGACUUCUGGGAAGACUUGGAUUUCUGGGAAGACGUAGAUUUUCUGGAAGACUUGGAUUUCUGGGAAGACUUAGAUUUUCAGGAAGACUUGGAUUUUCUGGAAGACUUGGAUUUUCGGGAAGACUUGGAUUUUCAGGAAGACUUGGAUUUUCGGGAAGACUCGGAUUUUCAGGAAGACUUGGAUUUUCUGGAAGACUCGGAUUUUCAGGAAGACUUGGAUUUUCAGGAAGACUUGGAUUUUCGGGAAGACUCGGAUUUUCAGGAAGACUUGGAUUUCUGGGAAGACUCGGAUUUUCAGGAAGACUUGGAUUUUCGGGAAGACUCGGAUUUUCAGGAAGACUUGGAUUUCUGGGAAGACUUGGAUUUCUGGGAAGAAGAUUUCUGGGAAGACUUACAUUUUCUGGAAGACUUGGAUUUUCGGGAAGACUUGGAUUUUCGGGAAGACUUGGAUUUUCGGGAAGACUUGGAUUUUCGGGAAGACUUGGAUUUUCGGGAAGACUUGGAUUUUUGGGAAGACUUGGAUUUUUGGGAAGACUUGGAUUUUCAGGAAGACUUGGAUUUUCGGGAAGACUUCGAUUUCUGGGAAGACUUUGAUUUUCCGGAAGACCUGGAUUUCUGGGAAGACUUCGAUUUUCCAGAAGACAUGGAUUUUCGGGAAGACAUGGAUCUUUGGGAAGACAUGGACUUUUGGGAAGACUUGGAUUUUCAGGAAGACUUGGAUUUUCAGGAAGACUUAGAUUUCUGGGAAGACUUGGAUUUUCAGGAAGACAUGGAUUUUUGGGAAGACUUGGAUUUUCAGGAAGACUUGGAUUUUCAGGAAGACAUGGAUUUUUGGGAAGACGUAGAUUUCCUGGAAGAUGUGGAUUUUUGGGAAGAUGUGGAUUUUUGGGAAGACAUGGAUUUUCUGGAAGAUGUGGAUUUAAUGGAAGACAAAGAUUUUCUGCUGGAAGAUGUCAAUCUUCAGGAAGACAUUAAUCUUCAGGAAGACAUACAUGUUCAGGAAGACAUAUCUUGGCUGGAAGACCUGGAGGUUAUUGGAAGACAUGAAUUUUCAGGAAGACAUAGAUCCAGGAAGACCUGGAUUUAA